AUGGAUGUCUUCUACACCUACACCUACACAACAGCAGGAUGGCUCUCCAUACAGAGCGCAGCUCUAACACUAGCACCGCAAAUAAUCAUUACCUCACUGCUGGAUGAAACCCGCCCCCCAACUCCACUAGAGAUCUACUUCGCCCGCACCCUCGGCUUCUCCCUCCUCACUCUCGCCGUCCUAGUCGUCAUGUUAACCGGCUCUGUCCCCCUAUCCACCACAGUCACCGAAGCUGUGACAACCGACGAAUCAGACCCCAAAGCACCCUACGCCGUCCCCACGCUCAUGGUGUCCACGGUGUUCCAAGGAGUCUGCGCAUUCUAUGCAUACACCUGGUAUACUUUUAACGGACAGGCUGCGUUUGCGAUUGGGGUGCUGGGGUAUGCGCUUGUGGCGAGUAUUGGGCUUUGGUGUCUUCUUUUUGCGAGCAGUCAUGGGAAGAUCAGUCGGAAGACGGGGGCUGAUAAGAGGACGACAGGGUUUCCGUUUUCGAAUCGCGAGGCAGAGAGGAAGCAUACUGGUAAGAGCUCCUGA